CAUCUGGUAUCAAAUGCCAAAGUCUAAGCCGCGACCAUCUGCAGCGGCCUCAGUGACACCUGAUAGGAGAGGUCCCCGGGUUCCCGGCUCCCAGCACUUCCGGUCCACACCCCAGCACCUGGGCUGCCCACCAGGUCCUCUUCCAGCCAGGACCAGCCGCAGAGCCCGGGUGCCCUCAGCUCUGUCCCCCCAAAACUGGACCGGGCUCCUCUGACAACCACUUGAGGUCCCUGCAGCCGUCUCCCUGUGGACAGAGGAAACAGAAGGUCACCGAGGCCAAGAGCGGGUGGGAAGGGAGGACAGCGGCGAGGUCUCAGAUCUGGACCUGGGCCCCAAAUCCAUGCCGAAUUCCCUCACCGGCGGCCAGGUGCCCCCCCGUGCUCUGGACACAGUUGGCCUGGUGGACCAGGGUCUGGGAAAUGCAGGUGCCCAGGAGACAGCCAGGUCCCUGGCCCUGCCUGACCCGACCCCUGCAGGGACCGCCGGUUCUGCUCCCACCUUGGAAGAGGGGGACACAGACCCCUGGGCCCUCCCCCAGCUGAAGGACACCGGCCAGUCCUGGAAAGAGCUCAGCGUGACCGGCAGGGCGCUGCAGGUGGUGGUCGGCGUCCUCAAGGCCUGCGGGCUCCUGGGCGGCCUCUACCUCUUCAUCUGCUCCCUGGACAUCCUCAGCUCUGCCUUCCAGCUGCUGGGCAGCAAAGUAGCCGGGGACGCCUUCAAGGACAACGUGGUGCUGUCCAACCCCGUGGCUGGGCUGGUCCUCGGCGUGCUGGUCACUGUCCUCGUGCAGAGCUCCAGCACGUCCUCCUCCAUCGUGGUCAGCAUGGUGGCCUCCAAGCUGCUGACCGUCCGGGCAUCUGUGCCCAUCAUCAUGGGUGUCAACGUGGGCACAUCCAUCACCAGCACCCUGGUCUCGAUGGCACAGUCGGGGGACCGGGAUGUGUUUCGGAGGGCCUUCGGGGGCUCGGCCGUGCACGGCAUUUUCAACUGGCUCACGGUGCUGGUCCUGCUGCCGCUAGAGAGCGCCGCCGCCCUGCUGGAGAGGCUCAGCGCUCUGACCCUGGGUGUCGCCAGCCUGCAGCCCGGGGGGCACGCACCCGACAUCCUCAAGGUGCUGACCCGGCCGCUCACAGACCUUAUUGUGCAGCUGGACGCUGAUGUGAUCGCGGGCAGUGCCACGGGCAACACCACCAACAGUAGCCUCAUUAAGAGAUGGUGCGGCACCAGGGCGCAGCCGACCGCGGGGAACAGCAGCCACUGCGGAGCGGCCGGCGGCUGCGGCGGCCCGGGUCCCGAGAGGAACAGCCCUGCCCCGGAGGAGCUGCUGCCCUGCCGCCACCUGUUUGCGGGCACAGUGCUCACGGACCUGGCCGUGGGCUUCAUCCUGCUGGCCGCCUCCCUGCUCGUGCUCUGCGCCUGCCUCGUCCUCAUCGUCAAGCUGCUCAACUCCGUCCUGCGGGGCCGCAUCGCCCAGGCCGUGCGGACGGUCCUCAAUGCCGACUUCCCCUUCCCCUUCAGCUGGCUCAGCGGCUACCUGGCCAUCCUGGUGGGUGCGGGCCUGACUUUCGUGCUCCAGAGCAGCAGUGUCUUCACCGCAGCCAUCGUGCCACUCAUGGGGGUCGGGGUGAUCAGCCUGGACCGCGCCUACCCUCUCUUGCUGGGCUCCAACAUCGGCACCACCACCACGGCCCUGCUGGCCGCCCUGGCCAGCCCUGCGGAUACGCUGCUCAGCGGCGUCCAGGUCGCCCUCAUCCACUUCUUCUUCAACCUGAUCGGCAUCCUGUUGUGGUACGUGGUGCCCAUCCUACGGCUGCCCAUCCCACUGGCCAAGCACUUUGGGGACCUGACGGCCCGCUACCGCUGGGUGGCCAUCGCCUACCUGCUGCUCGGCUUCUUGCUGCUGCCUCUGGCUGCCUUCGGGCUCUCCCUGGCGGGGGGUAUCGUGCUGGCUGCAGUUGGGGGGCCCCUGGUGGUGCUGAUUGUCCUCAUCGUCCUGGUCACAGUCCUGCAGCGGCACCAGCCAGCCUGGCUGCCCCGCCGCCUGCGCUCCUGGGCCUGGCUGCCCCUCUGGCUCCGUUCUCUGGAGCCCUGGGACCGCCUGGUGAGCCGCUGCUGUCCCUGCAAGGUCUGCAGCCCUCCUCAGGCCGUGGCCAAGGAGGCCCACUGCUAUGAGAACCCCGAGGUCCUGGCUUCCCAGCAGUUGUGAGGGGUUGGCCUCUGGGUGCCCCGGGGGACCCUAGAAGCUGUGGACUUCUGACUCACUCGGGUGGCUUUCUUAGCAAAUAAACCAGACUCUACCCAGGCA